CACAUAAGAGCAAAGAAAAUUAGAAAUUUUUAUGGAAACGAAGCACCUGAGUACUAUGCAAUUCGUGCGACCAUAGUUCUAUCAAUGCUAUUUGGAUUGUCAGUGUCAUUGCAAUUAAGCGAAGAUCUGAAUACUGAAGAACGCCGAGUUCGAUGCGCCUGUGUUUUUUUUACCGAACUACUCAAAAUCACUGCAUUGCGAGAUUCACGCACGCGGCACACAGUGGGGAAGCGGCAUCAACGGAUCCUUUCAUGAAACAAGCCAGUAAGCUCAGAGAACAAGCCGCCAAGCAGCACCAGGCUGUGGUAAAGCAGCUCGGUGGCAGUGGCUAUGGAAGUUCGGAGGUUAUGGUUAUUGUUGAGGAUGAGAUGCAGAUGCAUCAUCAAUUGGAGAAAUUGCACAGAUGUACUCGAUCCGGAAGGAGCUUGGAACUGUUGCAAUGGCAGAGGCAGUGGUGUCGAUUGCUCUUGAAACCAUCCGUGAUUUGCUAUUGGAAGAGGGAAGGUUUUUAGUUGGCGUGGCCGAUCAAGUGAAGGAGCUCGAGUGGCAGCUCAAAGAGAUGAAGUGUUUCCUCAAAGACGCUGACAAAAGACGACAUGAGAGUAGUAUGGUCUUCAAUUGGAUCUCCGAGAUCAGAGAUCUCGUCUACAGAUCUGAAUUCGCCAUUGAAAGACACGCAGCUUAUCAAGUUUAUUCAAGGAGAAGAGGCCUCAGGCAGUUUGUCCGCAAAUAUUCCUGCAUUUUGGAAGAUUGCAACUCACUCCACCAAUUAGGCUCUGAGAUUUCACAAAUUACAUCAAAUAUCGAGAGGAUAAGCAAGUCUAUGCAAGAAAUCGGCAUAAAAAGAAGCAUAAUCAUCAAUCCAAAUGGAGAGGGGGAAAGCUUGGCUCGAAACAACAUAUCAAGGAAGACUUUCCCCGAUUUGGAGAUGGGAGAUUUCUUCCUAGGCAUGGAGGAUGAGGUGGAGCAGCUUGUUCAUUACCUAGGGAAAGACACGGAGGAUCGGAUUGUAUCAGUUUGGGGAAUGGGAGGGUCAGGCAAGACCGCCAUUGGAAAGAAGCUCUACAACGAGAUGACCGACUUUGAUCUCUCGGCAUGGGUUUGCAUUACUCAGCAAUGUCAGAGUCGAUCUGUUUGGGAGGAUGUUCUGAGGCAACUAGAGAAGAAGAGGAGAGUUUCAAGUCUGAGCCAUGAGCCACGAAUAAGGGAGGAGGUUUCAAGUCUGAGCGAUUCAGAGUUGUAUGAUAGACUAUGUGAGAUACAAAGAGAGAAGCGAUGUCUCAUAGUUUUGGAUGAUGUUUGGGAGCUUUCUCACUGGGAUGAGUUGAAGCAUCCAUUCAUAGUCCAAAAUUUGCAGAGCAAAAUAUUGGUGACAACACGGAAACAGAAGGUUGCAGAGAUUGGAUUGGCAGUGGAACAUGGGCUUUUACAUAUGGAUGCUGCUUUGGAACUACUAAAAAACAAAGCAUUUCAGCAUGGAAACAUUCCAGACUUUGCAUCGGAAGAAAGAUUAAAGAAAAUUGGGAAAGAAAUGGUGCAUAAAUGUGGCUACCUGCCUUUGGCGAUUUCUUUACUCGGUGGGGUCUUGAGAAAGAAAAAUUCAAUUAUUGAGUGGGAAUUAGUAAAUGAGAAUAUCAAAGAAGCCAUAUACAGUGAUGAAAAGCAGAUUGAUGGAGUGCUAAACUUAAGCUAUGAAAGUCUACCCUAUUAUUUGAAGCCCUGCUUUCUCUAUAUGGGUAUAUUCAACGAGGACCAAACCAUACAUGCUAUGCAUCUAUAUACGAUGUGGAUAGCACAAGGCAUGAUUUCAUAUAAGAAUAUUGGAGACAAGGAGAAAACUUUAAUUGACAUUGCUGAGCUGUACUUAAGUGAGCUGGCCUCUAGGUCCAUUGUUCAAGUUGAAUUCCAGUUAGCUUAUGAUGUCGCCAAUAGAACUAGAAAAUAUCAUUCAUGCAAACUUCAUGAUGUAGUACGAGAACUAUGCUUGAAAUUGGGGAAAAUAGAGGAUUUUGGUGUGCAGAGUUUGGAGUAUCAAGGUGGGAAACUUAGUACCUUACUACGGGAAGCUUCCUCACAUAUGAAAAUCCAACAUUUGGCUAUCCAUUUCAGAAGUGAAGUUGAGCAUGAGCUUACAGUUGCUUUUGGAGAAGAUACUAGCAAACAUAUAAGGUCUCUUCAAAUAUCCAAUCUCAUAAAAUCGAAUAUUAUUGAGUUUCCCCCACAAAGUAUAGUUGAUUUUCAGAAAUUGAAAUUGCUGAGAGAUCUAGUUAUCAAGAGAUUCAGAUUUUCAGGAGGAAAGUUCCCGAGAGGAAUUACUAAUCUUGUUCACCUUAGAUGUUUGCGUUUAGAAGAAUGUGAACUUGAUAAGCUACCGUCGUCCAUUCGGAAUUUGGUAUACAUGGAUACCCUUGAUUUAAGAAGUUCAAUGGAUGUUGAAGUUCCAAAUGUUUUUAAGGAGAUGUUGCGAUUAAAGCAUUUGAUUUUUCCUUUUUAUGGAAAUGAAAAGGUUGGAAAAUAUCGAGUAAGAUUGGAUGAGGCAUUUGAUGGAUUGGAGACUCUACUACACAUUGAUAGUAGAUAUCAUGAAUUUAAAUGUAUGGACAGAAUGAAGAAUCUCCAACGUUUUGCAGCAAGAAUACAUGACAAAGAAAGCUUGUCAGCUAUCAUGAAUGCCAUUACGAAUUGGAAUAAGAUAGUAGUUUGUAGAGUUUAUAUUGAAGGCAGUUGCGACUUAAAAGGUGAGCAAAUGCUGGAGAAGGCUUUGACAUGUCCCAAUCUUCAUGACUUGGGGAUCAGUUCAAAGUUAGGGAAGGCGCUAGCAGAGUGCGGGAGUGACGUGAUGAGCUCGAAACUUAGGUUGUUGGAUCUGUUUGGAUCCAAGAUUGAGGAUGAUCCAAUGGGGAUACUGGGAAAGCUUCCUUUCUUGAUAAGAUUGCGAUUAUAUUAUGAAUCAUUUGUUGGGGAGAAGAUGAGGUGUACAGCGAACAGUUUUCUUCGGCUCAAGAGGCUUACAUUAAGAGGUUUACCAAAGUUGAGGGAGUGGAGAGUGCAGUCAGGAGCCAUGCCCCUUCUCUCUAAAGUAAAGAUCGCAGACUGUUCUUGUCUAGAGAUGGUUCCAGAGGGAUUGAGUGGAAUUUCUACCCUUCAGAAACUUGUAAUUAAACGUAUGCCGAAAUUGAGAAAAAGGGUAAUGCCUUCAGGACAUGAUUUCCACAAAAUCCUCCAUGUCUCUUCCAUUAUCAUCGAGGACUAGUCUUCACUCAGCUUGGAAUUGCUGCAAUGGCAGAGGCAGUACUGGUGACGUUUGCUUUGCAAAACAUCUGUGAUUUGCUAAGGGAAAAUGCAAUGAAUUUAGCUGGUUUGGGCGAUCAAGUGAAGGAGCUCGAGAGGCAGCUCAAAGACGCUGACAAAAGACGACAUGAAAGCAGUAUGUUCUUCAAUUGGAUCUCGGAUAUCACAGAUCUGGUCUACAGAUCCGAAUCCGCCAUUGAAAGACAUGCCGCUAUUUCAAGGAGAAGAGGCUUAUAAAAGUUCGUUCGCAAAUAUUCCUGCAGUUUGGAUGAUUGGAAAUUAGCAUCCAUGAUUUCAAAGAUUACAUCAGCUCUCCUAAGCAUAAGCAAGGUUAUGCAAGCUAACGGCAUAACAAGGAGCAUAAUCUUAAAUCCAAAUGGGGAGGAGCAAAGCUCAACUAGAAACAACAUUUCAAGGAAAGCAAACGUUUCAAAAUUUAAUAAUAUUCUUUUGCAUAUUCAUAUAUUUACUUAAUUAAGGUUAUACCAACUCAUAUUCGAUGAACGUUGUGUUAAUAUUGAUAUGCUUUGGUUGAUAUUUGCACACAUUGUGUUUACA